UUUAUUAUUAUUAUUAUUUUUUUGGGUAAGUAAUCACCCUCACCUGUUCAACCAGCACUGGACUCGUUUCUGCCCUCCCUAUAAGAAACUGUAAAACUAUCUUCUUUUCUUCCUAUAAAUUCCUGUGUCUCUCAGACGACCCUUGUCCAAGAAACAAGGUCCCUUUUAACUCCAAUAAUGAGUUACUACAAUCAGCAACAGGCCCCCGUCGGCGUCCCUCCUCCUCAAGGUUAUCCGGCGGAAGGAUAUCCUAAGGAUGCCUAUCCGGCUCCAGGAUAUCCCCCUCCUCAGUACCCACCUCAAUACGCCCAACCUCCGCCUCCCCCUCGGCCUCCACCUUCGCAACAAAAACAAGUUGGUUGCUUAGAAGCAUGUUUGGCUGCUUUGUGCUGUUGCUGCGUGCUGGAGGCCUGCUGCUUCUAAUGAGAAAAGGCGAUUGGAUUCGAGUUUUAUUUUGGGUCGAACUGCAAUUUGAUCCCUUAAUUGAUAUAUUGUUUGGAUCUUGAUAUAGUUUAGUUUUUUAAAAAUAUAUUUCGGAGUUUUAAUUUUGAUAAUAAUAUUGCUUGGACAUUAUUAUA